AUGAACCAGCGACCACGCAGCUUCCUCAAGACAGGUUAUUUCUGCGUCCAGGGAAAUCCCCAGCUGGUGUCCCUCCGCGCCCUGAUUGACGACCGGCUGUUCAAAAUCCGGAACGGGAUGGACAUCAACGGGCGCAAGCGGACGCUGCCGCUGUUUGAACCGCCGAUCGAUCCUGGAGCACUCCAGCGAGCCAAAGGCCCCGGAGGCGGCGGGAUCGCCGGCUUCCUCCGUGAUCUGGAGAACCCGAUGCCCCGGUAUCGUUUCCUCGCGCUAAUUUCCUACGCUCUGGACCUGGUGAGCGAGCUGAAAGCCGCGGGCCAGCAAAGGCUGAGCAUCCAGGAGAGUAAGGACAAAGAAGCCCUUUCCCUGCUAAGGUCCAGUCAUCAGCGGGCCGUGCUUGCACUGAUACUGCGAGUGAAGGAGCGGCAAAUGGCCGAGGUAAAUCGAGCCAUCGAGGUGCUAGAGGAGACGCGGAAGCAACAAGAGAUGCGGCUGGCGUACUUUUUAGCCCUAACCGGCGACAGCGACACCAAGGACAUCCCGGCGGCCGGCGGAACCUGGCAGGAUAUUCCGCAGAACAUUGAGAAGCCCCGGAUGGACGACUUCCGCAUGUCUCCCUUCGAGCAGGAAGAGACAAGCAAGGCCGACGAGGCAUCCGACUUCACGCUGGGAGCCAUCGCGAUUGAGACUGCUGCCUCUGUGGCCUUUGCCUUCCCCAACGUGGGCGUCAAAGUUCAACCGCUUGGAGCGGGUGCAGAUGCGACAUUUGGCGGAGAGAAUGUUGGGCAUAUCCUGCAAGCAACGGCCGGGGUCCUCAAAGCACGCAGCCAGUGCGCUUCGAAUGAUGCCGACAAGGCCGGCCGCAAGGCCAUGGCAAUCCGUCAGCUGCAGGAGCGCCGGCUAGAAGCCAACACAAUCGGGCGCGAACUCGUCCGCAUUGACAAGAAUCUCGCCCAGCUGCACGCGCAGCUAGACACGUCCGAGGCCGACAUCCAGGCCACGCAACAGGAGAUCGACAACUCCGCCGCGGAGGACGAGUGGCUGCGCACCAAAUACACAAGCCAUGAGCUGUACAGCCGCCUGGACAACUCCAUGUGCACGCUUAUUAUUAUUAUUAUUCUUCCAUAUUAUAGAGCAUUUUUCAGUCAGAGACUAUGCAUGCUCUACCUACCACCCCUGGGUGGUAGGAUUUAA